AUGUGACACAAAAAUGGUAAGGGGGUUCUCCUUGAUCCCGCCCGCCCUCCUAGGAAGAUCCAAAAAGCACCGGGUGGUUGGUCUAUUCUACACUUCGUUUGUGAUUAAAGCAUGUGAUCCUGCCUUCAUUGUAGAUAAUACAAAGCUGCGAAAAUGGCGGACGAACAGGAGGUACGGCAGCUGGAGUUGCUAUGCAAGCAGUUAUAUGAAUCACAGGAUUCUGCACAUCGUGCAGAAGCUGAAAAAGCACUUGUUGCUUUUCAAAAUGCACCAGAUACGCUUACAAAGUGCCAGCUCCUAUUAGACCGGGGAGAUUCUGCAUAUGCUCAAUUAUUGGCAGCCACCACAUUAACAAAAUUGGUUUCACGUUCUGCAGGGCUAACUUUACAACAGAGGCUGGAUAUACGAAAUUAUGUUCUCAAUUAUCUAGCAACCCAACCAAAGUUACCAAAUUUUGUGAUACAAGCUUUGGUCACAUUAUUUGCCAGGAUAUCAAAAUUCAGUUGGUUUGAUUGUGAUAAAGAAGAAUAUGUUUUUAGGAAUGUGGUCAGUGAUGUGUCAAAAUUUCUUCAGGGGUCAGUAGAACACUGUAUGAUAGGAGUUCAAUUACUUUCUCAACUGACUUGUGAAAUGAAUCAAGUAUCAGAUGCUGAUGCAAACAGAUCUCUUACCAAACAUAGGAAGAUUGCUAGUAGCUUCAGAGAUUUGCAGCUUUUUGAAAUAUUUAGGUUAUCUUGUACUUUACUAAGUACAGCACGUGAGAAUUGCAAGAAUCUAAAUUUUAAUGAUGAAGCACAGCAUGGUCUAAUUAGACAACUUUUAAAACUUGCACAAAAUUGUUUGACAUUUGACUUUAUUGGAACAUCUAUCGAUGAAAGUGCAGAUGAGCUCAGCACAGUACAAAUUCCAUCCAGGUGGAGGCCUGCAUUCUUGGAUUUCACAUCACUGAAACUUUUCUUUGAUUUAUAUCAUAGUUUACCUAAUUCAUUGUCAUCUUUGGCUCUCUCAUGUUUGGUUCAAAUAGCAUCUGUUAGAAGAAGUUUAUUUUCCAAUCCAGAAAGGGCACAAUUUCUGACACACUUAGUUAGUGGUGUAAAACAUAUAUUACAAAACCCACGAGGUCUGAGCGAUCCUGGAAACUAUCAUGAAUUUUGUAGAUUGCUAUCAAGAUUAAAAACCAAUUUUCAACUUGUAGAAUUGGUUUUAGUAAAAGAUUAUCCAGAAGCUAUACAAUUAAUUGCAAAGUUUACAGUUCAAAGCUUACAAAUGUGGCAAUUUGCACCAAACAGUUUACAUUACCUUUUAACUUUGUGGCAAAGGCUGGUAUCGUCUAUGCCCUACGUGAAAGCAGGAGACCCGCACCUGUUAAAUACAUAUACUCCAGAAAUUGUAAAUGCAUAUGUUACUUCAAGACUUGAAUCAGUUGCAGUAGUAGUUAGGGAACGUUUAGAAGAUCCACUUGAUGAUUUAGGAGUAGUUCAUCAACAGUUGGAGCAGAUAUCUGUUAUUGGAAGAUGUGAAUAUCAAAAAACAUGUACUUUGUUAGUGCAGCUGUUUGAUCAAGCUGCUAGAACAUACCAAGAAUUAAUGACACAAACAGCAUCUCCAACUCAACAAAUGGACAUCACUAUACAAGAGGGUCAACUCACAUGGCUUGUGUAUAUUAUAGGUGGUGUUAUUGGUGGCAAAAUAACAUUUAAUAGCAACGAAGAGUAUGAUGCAAUGGAUGGUGAAUUAGUCUGCAGAGUACUUCAGUUGAUGAAUUUGACCGAUUCAAGACUUGCACAAGGUGGCUGUGAAAAAUUGGAGUUAGCAAUGUUGAGCUUCUUUGAACAAUUUCGUAAAAUAUACGUAGGUGAUCAAGUACAGAAAAAUUCUAAAUUAUACAGAAGGCUGUCAGAUGUUUUGGGGGUUAAUGAUGAAUCUAUGGUACUCGGUAUUCUUAUUCGAAAAAUAAUAACAAAUCUGAAGUAUUGGGGCCGUAGCGAGCAAAUUAUUUCAAAAACAUUACAGUUAUUAAAUGAUCUGUCAGUGGGUUAUAGCUGCGUUCGUAAACUUGUAAAAUUAGAAGAAGUACAGUUUAUGCUCAACAAUCAUACCAGAGAGCAUUUUCCAUUUUUGGGAAAUAAUGUUGCUGUAACAGAAAUGCGUUGUAGAUCAAUGUUUUACACAUCUUUGGGUAGAUUAUUAAUGGUAGAUUUAGGAGAAGAUGAAGAAAGGUUUCAUACUUUUAUGUUACCUUUAACAGGUGCACUAGAAAGUUUGGGACAAUUGAUGGGUGCUGCUGAUCCUUCACUGUUUGCAGCAGAAGAAGCAAAGAAAGAACUAAUUGGUUUAGCAAGAGAUUUAAGAGGCUUAGCUUAUGCAUUCAACACAAAAACAUCUUAUAUGAUGUUGUUCGAUUGGAUAUAUCCCAACUAUACACCAAUUUUAUUACAUGCUGUGGAGUUGUGGCAUUAUGAACCACAAGUUACCACACCCGUCCUAAAAUUAUUCGCUGAAUUAGUACAAAAUAGGAGUCAAAGAUUACAGUUUGAUGCCUCUUCUCCAAAUGGAAUUUUAUUAUUUCGUGAAGCUAGUAAAGUAAUAUGUAGUUAUGGUAAUCGUAUAUUAAACGUUGAAGUUCCAAAGGAUCAGAUAUACCCAUUAAAGCUUAAAGGAAUAAGUAUAUGCUUCAGUAUGUUAAAAGCAGCAUUAUGUGGAAGUUACGUAAAUUUUGGCGUGUUCAGAUUAUACGGUGACGAAGCAUUGGAUAAUGCGCUUAAUACAUUUGUAAAAUUACUUCUUAGUAUACCACAAAGUGAUAUAUUGGAUUAUCCAAAAUUAUCUGCAACAUACUAUGUGUUACUUGAAUGUUUGGCGCAAGAUCAUAUGGUUUUUCUUUCUACCUUAGAGCCAAGGGUUUUCUUGUACAUCUUAUCAAGCAUCAGUGAAGGCCUUACAGCACUAGGUGCGCAAAAAGACUCCUAUACAGAUACAAUGGUGUGUACUGGUUGUUGUGCAACGCUCGAUCAUAUUGUGACUUACUUAUUUAAACAAUUAUAUCAGAAAGGAAGGAAAAAUGCUGUAGUUCCAGGAGGUGGUGACUUAUUCUUACAAGUUUUAAAACAACAUCCUGAAAUUCUACAGCAAAUAUUAAGUACAGUUUUAAAUUUGAUAAUAUUUGAGGAUUGUAGAAAUCAAUGGAGUAUGUCACGUCCUCUUUUGGGAUUAAUUCUUUUAAAUGAAGAAUAUUUUAAUCAAUUACGAGAAAAUAUUAUUAGAAGUCAACCAGUUGAUAAGCAGGCAACAAUGGCACAGUGGUUUGAAAAUUUAAUGGAAGGGAUUGAAAGAAAUUUACUCACAAAAAAUAGAGACAGGUUUACACAAAUAUCAUUGUUUAGAAGGGACAUAAAUGAUACCUUGAAAGGACCUAACACACCUGCAAGCCCUAACAGUGAUAUGAUAAUCUCUUUUAUUUAGAUUUUCCUAGGUUCUUGCCUGCCAAAUGCUUGAAUGUGUGUGCGAGUGAAACUAUAAAUUAUAGUGGAUUAAAAAUUAUGGUUUAAGAUGAGUAUAAAGAUAAUAAAUUCAGUAUCAUUGUUUUACAGAAACAUUAUUGUUUGGCUUCCUAUUCUUUUGCGAUUUAGAUUUAUUUUCCGAAAAAAUUUUCGAUUGGUAUACGUGGUGCAAAAUUUAAUAUAAUUGGUAUUUUAUUUUUACACAUUUAUUCGUUUACUCUGUCCUAAAUUUAAGAUGAAAAAAUUAAACAGAUCCUUUUUAUUACCUUUAUACUCCUGCCAUUUUAGUUGAAUACAAUAUUGGGAACAUGAAUAUUUUUCAUACAACAAGAAACAAAAAAUUGGCAAUAAGUAUAUUAUGUUUCGUAGAUCGAAAGUUAAUUACAUAUUAAACGGUUUUGUAUGGAAAGAUUGAUUCAAUUUACUUUAGCUGCUUAUUAAAUACAAUUUAAAUAUUAUAAAUGUAGGAUCACCUUUUCAUCGUAUGUUAAUAAUUUUACAACAUGUAUUUCAAAUGUGAUAGAUUUAUUUCAUUAUAAUUUUUUAUCUAUUUUGUUUUUUUGCUCAAAAUUUAAUUUUUUAUUACAAGAAUUCAUCUUUUAUUCGUAUAUUAUGUUUACACUUCUAUUUUAUCAACUUAUCGUUUUCAUUAUUAGGUAAUAUUGUAAAGAAGCAAAGCAGAAUAGAAAGCCAAGCAUAUUAAAUAUUACCGUAUGUCUUGUUCCACGCUAUUUUUACAAUCAACUUCCAUUUAUUUAAACGUAUUUGUUAUUUAAAUAUUUUUUACUUCAACACAUAAGCCACAGUUUUAAGAACAUUUUAUAAUGAUGGCGAGCAAAUUAAUGAGUCGUUAUUGAAAUAGAAGAAAAAGAUAGUAAUGUUCAAUCAUUAAUAUCAGCUUAUAAAAAUUUGAUUUAUUUAAAACUAUGUUACUGAAUGAUUCAUUCAUAAUAUCAGUGAUGUACCAUGAAUAACAUCAUUAAAUCAAUAAUGCAAAAAUUUGCUUACAAAUGUAUUGUUACUGUUGCUAUUAUUAUGAAAUUUCUAUUCGUGUUUUACAAAAACAAAGUUGAUGUCAAUACCUAUUGCAAAAAACUGUAUUGAAUAUCUCUCUACUGUCAAUAUGCAUUUUUUAACUUGAAUAUGUUUAAGAAAUACAAAAUUCUGUAAUAGUGUUUAAUAUUAAUUAAUAAUGUUUCUAUCAAAUUAACUUUUUAUAUUAAGAUUGUAGCUAAUGUAUAUUAUUAGUAUAUAAAUAUAACUUUCGAUAAUAAAUUGAUUUUAAUCACACAAAUACUUCAAAUUUACAAAGGAUUGUAUCAUAAAAUGAACAUAUAUAAAAAUAGAUAUACCUGGUUGAAAUUCACGUGAUGUUUUUUAUAGAAUGCAUGUUAACAGUGGAAAGAGACCAAUAGCUUUUUUUUAACAAUAAUACGUUUAUAUUUCAUUGUAUGCAGUAUUUUGUACUUUUUUAAAAUUUUCGUUUUUAAUCUUUAUAAUACUUUCAGAGAUACAUUACAAUUAAAAAGUCUAAUAGCAAUUUCAUUACUAGAAGUGAAUACUGUCAAGUUUUUUUAAUUUAAAUGCAUCAACAAUUCUUUUUGUUAUUUAAAUUUAAUCCAAAUACAUGAAAUACCAAAAAUUUUCUCUUAAUAAGUGAUAUGCAACAAUAUAAUCUUCAUUUACAGUUUAAUUUUUUUUUUGUACAACUAUCAAUACAUGUAAGAUUUAAUUAUGCAUUAACAUUCAAGUCACAGAGCUUGUAUUACUCUAAAAUGAUUAAUUAUUCGUUGCAAUCGAUUUAGUUAAUAAUUUACACUUUUCCUUUUACUGAAAACAAUUUGCAAUAUUAAAUAGUGGGAGGUAAAUGUAUGAAGAAUGCAUGUAAAAAAAUUCACGUGAGAUUUACGUAAUAUUAGUCUGUAUACAGAUAAUGAUAAUUUAGCAGAAGUUACAUUGAAUAUUCACAAGAAAUUUCAUUUAAACCGCAUUUAAUCAUUUAUAUAUUUUUUACUGUAAGAUAGUAGAGAAAAGUUACUAUAAAAUGAUUGAAAUCUCAUUCUUUCUUUUAUAAUAAACUUUGAGAUAUUUUAUGUUUAAUAAACAUCUGUAAAAGUAUUAGAAAAUUACUUUUAUUAACCGACUAUCAUAGUCAAGUUUGCUGUAAACAGAUGUAUUGUAUAUACCUUUGGUAUAGUAAAACUGUUAUAUUUCAUAUCAUAUAACGUGUGCAGGAAUAUCUAGCGCAGAAUUAAACUACUUUAUUUAACAUGAUAUAAAUGUAUGUAACAGUAGAAUAUAUUCUGUUUGAUA